UCGAAUAUCACUCGUCGAGAACGGUCAACUUGUAAACAUGAAGCUAAUAAUCGUUUUGUUUACAUUAGUAUUAUUCAUACAAUGUAGCGAGAGCCGGCACACCGGCUGGUUCCCGCAGAAUCUAGUUGACGCUUUCACAAAUAAAACUUCUCAAAUCACUAACUACGUACGGUCUAAAGGACGAAGCCUUAAACAGUUUUACGUUGAAAAUGUGCGAAAUAAAAUAACUACGUAUCUCGGUUUCCAAAAUCAAACAGCAUCGGAAAAUCGAAUCGACAAUCAAGCGAGAUUAAAACGAAAAUUUAAAGAUUAUGUCGAAAGUGCCCAAGCUAAUGAAGAAAAACUUUUUGACGCCAUCGCUCCUAAAAAAGUUGAAUAUUCGUGCAACGAUAACGACCCAAGUAUUCACAUGAGCACACCGCAGUUAAUAGCCCUGCAUGGAUAUGCUUCGGAAUCUCAUACAAUUGUAACAGAUGAUGGCUAUAUUCUCACAAUUCAUAGAAUCCCUUAUUCCCGUAACAGUAAAAGGCAGAAUAUUCCUCGAAAAACUAUCCUACUCCAUCACGGUCUCCUUGGGAGUUCAGCGGAUUGGAUCCUCGCAGGACCCGAAAAAGGUUUGGGAUAUAUAUUGUCUGAAGCUGGUUACGAUGUCUGGUUAGCAAAUGUUCGAGGGAACACAUACUCUAGAGCUCAUUUAACUCUUAACACAGAUACGUUCGAGUUUUGGAACUUCACAUUUCACGAAGUAAGCCAACAUGAUUUGCCAGCUGUGAUUGACUAUAUAAUGGAAACGAAGGGAUGGGAUACAAAAAUUAAUUACAUAGGCCAUUCAAUGGGUACGACAAUUUUAUUCGCUUUACUUUCAACGAAAACUCAUUACAAUAAAGUUCUGAGAGCCGGCUUUGCGUUAGCUCCUGUCGCCUUUAUGACCGACAUCAAAAGUCCUAUUCACCUUUUAGCGCGUUAUAGCAACAAUUUGGACUUUUUAUUGAAACUUCUCGGCGUUAAUGAAUUUUUACCACAAAACGCUGUUUUAAGAUGGCUAUCAAAACACGCGUGUGAAAUUAAUCAUUACGAAGAAGCGAUAUGUGAGAACUCAAUGUUUGUUUUGUGCGGACACGAUGAACGCCAGUUCAACAGAAGCCUGCUUCCUACCAUAUUAGGACACGUGCCAGCUGGUGCAUCGACAAAGACUUUGGUUCACUAUGCACAAGAAAUUAAAAAUUUCGGUCGCUUCCAGCAAUUUGACUACGGCGAGAAAGGAAAUUUAAAACAGUACGGCACCAAAACUCCGCCAGCAUAUCCUCUGCAUAAAAUAACUUUACCGAUUGCUUUAAUAAGUUCGGAAAAUGAUUGGUUAGCGAGUGAUGUGGAUGUUACCAACUUAUACGUACAACUUGCAAAUCCCAUUGAACAUUACAUUGUGCCGUUAAAAGAGUUUAAUCACAUUGAUUUCAUAUGGGCGAUAGAUGCCCCUAAAUUAGUUUUUGCGAAACUACUUCAGUUGUUGGAGGAAGGUGUGACAAAACCAUUAUUUAAUAUAAACUCUCCCUAAAUAUUAAUAAAUAAGCUGGUUUGUACUUUUAUAUAACGGUUUUGUUUCAGUCAAUUAGUAUUUUAUUUUUAAGAUUAAAAAUAGGUGAUAAUAAUAAAAAAUCAUUAAAUUAUA